GGCGGGUGUCAGGGCGCCCCGAGGCUCCGGGAGGCCGCUCUUGAGCGGCACGUGGAGCAGCCUGGCGCGCCAGAGGGUAAAGGAGAGCCCUUGUCUGGGCCGAUUCCACCCUGCGUCCCCUGUGAGUGGCAGUUCCUGAGGACGUGCGCCAGAAACCCCGAGCCAGCUGCUCCAUAUGGAGACGGAGAACCCAGAAACCGUGUUCUCCCACGUGCAUCGUUGUGCGGCCCUCACCAGCGACACGUUCGACCGGCUCCUGGCAGGGGACCCGCAGUACUGGGGCUGUAAGAACAGCGUGGCAGCCUUCAUCCUGGAGCGAGAGGUGAUGGACACGCAGCAGGAUUGCAGGGAGAGCUUUGAGCUGGUGGCGCUGGGCACUGGCGAUACCUGCUACGGUGGCUGGCUGGAUUUCAGUGGCCGGCGGCUCCAUGACAUGCACGGCAUGGUGGUGGCUCGCCGGGCGCUGCAGAGCAGGUACCUGUACAAACAGCUGUUGCUGGGGUGUAGCUUGAAGGAGCCGGCGGACCAGGAGAAAUGCAUCUUCCAGCCCUCGGCGGAGGGGGGGCGGCUGGCCCUCAAGCCGAAGGUCUUUGUGCACCUGUAUCUGAGCUGCACACCCACAGGGGCCUCCGAAAACUUCCCCAUCCCGUUCCCUGGGAGGAAGCCCUCGGUCGGCCUCUACGUCCAUGCCAAGGGCGCGCUGAUGCCUGUCCCCAGCUGCCCCCCAAGCCUGCUGGCCGCCUGCGUCUGCUGCGCCUCCGGCAGCGACAAGCUGAGCCGCUGGAGCGUGCUGGGCCUGCAGGGGGCGCUCCUCAGCCACUUCAUGGAGCCGCUGUACCUCUCCAGCAUUAUCCUAGCGGACCCCGGCCCCGACCAGCCCGCCCUGAACUGGGUCAUCAACGAGCGGCUGCAGCUGGGCCCCGAGGCCGGCCUGCCAGCCCCCUAUGCCCAGCACCAGAUCUGCUUCUUCCUGGGGCCCCGUGUCGGCCCCCUCAGCUCCAGCGCCGAGUGCUGCAGGCUCAGCCUCAACUGGUGCCGUGGGGACGCAGCCCCAGAGCGGGUGGACGGCGCCACUGGGCUGGCCGUGCUGAAAAACCCUGCCGCGGAGGACCGGGUCUUCCCCAGCCAGAUCUGCAAAGCUGCCAUGCUGCGAUACUUCCGGCAGUUGGUGCACCAGAUGAACGAGAAUGCUCUGCUGGCGCUGCCCACUUACCACCAAGCCAAGACCCAGGCUGCGUCUUACCAGAGUGCCAAGGAACAGUUCUUCGCUCACCUGAUCACCCAAGGUCUUGGCAAGUGGCCUGAGAAGCACCUGGUGGACAACUUCACCGGUUAGGCAGUGAAAUAGCCCCGGGGGGUCUGGGGAAAUGCCUAGGAGAGGCCGGGAAGGAGUAAAAUCUAGAGACUGUUGGAAAUUUCGGGAGUUGGGGUUAGGGCUUUUAAACUCUGUUUGCUAUGCUGCAUAGGGAGGGGCCAGGGCUGUGCAAUUAACAGACUAGGCUGUGAAGAAGGCCCACUUUUCAUUUGAUUUUUCUUUGAAGUGCGAGGGCGAUGGAGUCCCCAGAGUGCUCCGGCUGGUUCAGCCCUGUUGGCGCAGAGCAGCUGCCAACCUGCUUUCACGGAUGGGUUAGGUCACCAGACUGCACAGCCCUGCCACAGCAAUGCCAGCGCAGUUAGCCCAGAAUUUCUCCCUCUGUAUCAACCUUGUCCAGUGGUGAAUUACACUUGUUUAUUAGCUAGA